AUGGCAAGUGUGGCAUUCAAACUGGUCAGGGAGAAGGAGGCUUUAGAAGGCCUGGGGUCAAAUCGCAAUGCAGUGAAAUACUUAAAACAGGAUUUUGAGGCUCUGAGGAAGCAGUGCUUGCAGUCUGGUACUCUCUUCAAAGAUGAAGAAUUCCCCGCUUGCCCUUCUGCUCUUGGUUAUAAUGUUUUGGGGCCUUAUUCUCCACAGACUCAAGGCAUUAUUUGGAAACGACCAACGGACCUGGUCGCCAACCCUCAGUUCAUUGAGGGAGGAGCCACUCGGACAGAUAUUCGUCAAGGGGCCCUUGGAGACUGCUGGCUUUUGGCAGCCAUUGCAUCUCUCACGUUGGAUCAAGAGAUUUUAAAUCGAAUUGUUCCCAAGGAUCAGAGCUUCCAAAAGGACUAUGCUGGGAUCUUUCAUUUCCAGUUUUGGCAGUAUGGAGAGUGGGUGGAUGUUGUUGUUGAUGACCGGCUUCCCACCAGAAAUGGACAGCUGCUCUUCCUGCACUCAGAAGAAAGAAAUGAGUUCUGGAACGCCUUGUUGGAGAAAGCCUAUGCCAAGUUGAAUGGCUCCUAUGAGGCUCUUAUAGGAGGAUCCACUGUAGAAGGCUUUGAAGAUUUUACUGGUGGCAUCGCUGAAGCAUAUGACCUGAAGAAAGCCCCUCCUGAUCUGUAUAAAAUCAUCCAGAAGGCCCUGGGAGCCGGUUCACUGCUGGGCUGCUCCAUUGAUAUUACUAGUUCAGCUGAAACAGAAGCAAUCACAAGCAAGAAGCUGGUCAAAGGUCAUGCUUACUCCAUUACCGGCGCAGAAGAGGUUAACUACCGUGGUCGGCCAGAGAAGCUACUAAGGAUAAGAAAUCCGUGGGGUGAAGUGGAGUGGACUGGAGCCUGGAGUGAUAAUGCUCCUGAAUGGAAUUAUAUUGACCCCCAGCAAAAAAAAGCUCUGGAUAAGCAAGCAGAUGAUGGUGAAUUUUGGAUGUCUUUCUCUGACUUUCAGAGGCAGUUUACAAGACUUGAGAUCUGCAACCUGACACCUGACACCUUGUCAAGUGACCACAUUCACAAAUGGGACAUGACUUUGUUGAACGGAAAGUGGCAACGGGGCUCUACGGCUGGUGGCUGCCAAAAUUACCCAGCAACAUACUGGACCAAUCCCCAGUUUAAGAUUUGCCUGAAUGAACCGGACGAUGACCACGAAGGAGCUGCGAGUGAACCGUGUUGCACGCUGCUGGUGGGCCUGAUGCAGAAGAAUCGCAGGAGGCAGAAGAAGAUGGGAGAAGGGCUGCUCAGCAUUGGCUACUCCCUUUAUCAGGUGCCAAAAGAGCUGGGAAAUCAAACUGAUGUUCAUCUAAGCAGAGAGUUCUUCUUGACAAACAGACCUGUAGCUCGCUCUGACACAUAUGUCAACUUGCGUGAAGUCUCGAACCGCCUCCAUCUGCCUCAGGGAGAAUAUCUUAUUGUGCCGUCCACCUUUGAGCCUUUUAAAGAUGGAGAGUUCUGCCUCAGAAUCUUCUCUGAGAAACAGGCUAAAACUCAGGAAAUGGGUGAUGUUGUGGCUGCCAAUCCAUAUGAGCCUCAUGUUGCAGGAAAGGACAUAGACAAUGAGUUCAAGGGCCUGUUUCAAAAGCUUUCUGGAGAGGACUGUGAGAUGACUGCAAAUGAACUUCAGACUAUUUUGAACAGAGUUAUAACCAAAAGAACAGACAUUAAAAGUGAUGGAUUCAACAUAAACACCUGCAGGGAGAUGAUCAGCCUCUUAGAUAACCAUGGAACCGGUACCUUGGGACUAGUAGAAUUCAAGAUACUUUGGAUGAAGAUUCAGAGAUAUUUGAAAAUCUACAAGGAAGUGGAUACUGACUUUUCCGGAACCAUAGAUGCGCAUGAAAUGAGAAAUGCUCUCAAGGAAGCAGGCUUCACUCUCAGCAACAAAGUCCAACACAGUAUUGCUAUCCGCUAUGCCUGCAGCAAUCUGACCAUUGACUUUGAUGGCUUCGUGGCCUGCAUGAUUCGCCUAGAGACUCUCUUCAAAAUGUUCCAGAUGCUAGACAAGGAUAAGCAUGGAACUGUCCAGCUCUCUCUGGCUGAGUGGCUGUGUUGUGCAUUGGUCUGA